GAUUCGGGAUCAUUCUCCUCAGUACGUGGGCCGAGUAUAUAAGCGAACGCGAGCGCCUGUCCGCGUAACUGUUCGAUCAUUCGCUUGGUGCGUCGCACGCGUGCGAAGGUUCCGCAUUUAAAUACGUGUGGUGAAGUGAUUUGUGUGAAUUUGUUGGUGCACUGUGGAUUACCUAUUUUCUCAUCGCAGUUAGAGCGCUACUUUCCGUGGAGCCAUGGGGAAAGACUACUACAAGAUCCUCGGAGUGGCAAAGGGUGCCUCCGAUGAUGACAUCAAGAAGGCCUACCGCAAACUAGCCCUCAAGUACCACCCCGAUAAGAACAAGUCUGCAAGUGCUGAAGAACGCUUCAAGGAAGUGGCUGAAGCUUAUGAAGUUCUCAGUGACAAGAAGAAGCGUGAUGUUUACGAUCAGUAUGGCGAAGAAGGCUUGAAGGGAGGAGCUGGUGGAAUGGGAGGCGGCAACCCUGGCGCCCAAGGAGGCUUCACAUAUUCAUACCAUGGUGAUCCUCGUGCUACUUUUGCCCAGUUCUUUGGCAAUAGCAGUCCAUUCCAAACAUUCUUUGAUCUUGGAGGUGGUGGAGGAAACCGCAUGUUCUCUUUCCAUGAUGAGGACAUGGACAUGGAUGAUCCUUUCUCUACUAUUGGCAUUGGUGGUAACCGUGCUGGAGGUACAUUCAGAUCUCACUCAUUCAACAAUCAUGGAUACCAAGCAAGAAAUGCCAAAGACAGAAUGCAAGAUCCUCCCAUUGAACAUGACCUGUAUGUGACACUUGAAGACAUACUGAAAGGCUGCACAAAGAAAAUGAAAAUCUCAAGAAGAGUACUGCAGCAAGAUGGAUCUUCAAGAAAAGAAGACAAAGUUUUAACCAUCAACGUGAAGCCCGGCUGGAAGGCAGGCACCAAGAUCACGUUCCAGAAGGAGGGAGAUCAAGCAAGAAACAAAAUUCCUGCUGACAUUGUCUUCAUCAUCCGUGACAAACCUCAUGUCAACUUCAAGCGAGAAGGCUCAGACAUCAGAUACACUGCCAAAAUUACUCUGAAAGAGGCUCUUUGUGGCAUCAGGAUAGAAGUUCCAACCUUAACUGGUGAGAAGAUCCCUGUAAAUCUCUCUCAUGAAAUCAUCAAGCCAUCAACUGUGAAGAGGAUUCAAGGUUGUGGGUUACCAUUCCCUAAGGAACCCAGUCGUAAAGGAGACCUCCUUGUUUCAUUUGAUAUUCAAUUCCCCGACAAUCUGUCUCAGAGUGCCAAAGACAUUUUAUUUGAUGCUCUACCUUGAGCUGGAACUUGCUACCUGGAAGUGUCAUGUUGUCCCCUGCACUGCUGUAACUAAAUACUUCGAACAAUACAAGGCCAAGUGAUGUGAGGCAUAACUGACUUUCAUAUUAUUUUUCAAUGAUUUCUUUUUAAAUUUAUUUACAUCAAUUUUGUAAUUCAACUGAAUUUUUUCUUAAAUUUGCCCCAUUUUAGCUGUAUGCAGUGUUGUUGAGUAACUUGGUUGGUUCUAUGUGGAAGUUUUGCAGCAUAGUGCUUUAUAAUUCUUUUUUCUUUUUUCAUUUUUCUAAUUUUGUGGGGUGCACAACCAGACUGUCGACACUUGGAUUCUAGUGGACAUGAUUCUAAUGGCUGUGAUAGUUUAAAUAUGUUGAGUAAGCUUGGGGUAGUAUUUAUGUUAAUUUUUUAGACUAAAAGCUAAAAUGGAAGUCAUUUUGCUGUGUUAGCUCAAUAGUGACACAAUCCAGUUGGUUUAUUGUCACUUAUUAAACCUUGCAAGUCAAGUUUGGACAGCUGCUUGCCCUUCCCUUGAGUUCCUCAAAUCAAGUCUGUUGCUUCUUGGUGUGGUAUCUCAAUCCUUGGUCUUGUUUUAAAUCCAGUUGGGUUAUUGUAUACAUUUGCCAUCAGGCAGAUCCAAUUUGCACAGGUUUAAGUUGACAUGCAGUUUAACUAUUGGAUUUUGCUGGUGUUGUAUAUUGCAUGGACUAAAUGUGUCUGGACUGGGAUAGGCUGUAGGGCAAGCUGAAGGAAGGAAUGUUAAGAAGACUGACAUCACAAUCUACCUCAGCUUCUCAUUGAAGAUGUGUAUGGGGCUCAUAGUUGUAGGAUUGAUAGAUCACCUUGGUCGAAUGCCAGUUUAUUUGAGUAAACUGCUUGCUAGCCAGAUCUUG